AUGCUGGCUCCAGUGCACGUCACGGAUCCCAACGAGGUCCUCAACCCCCCGGACCAAGCGUCCUUAGAAGACCAGCAGCUUGACGAUAUUCAGGAUGAGAUCAAGCAAGGAAAGGAUGAUACCGUUCACACAUCCACCGUAGACUGGACAAUUAGUGAAGACUACGAGAUUGACGAAAACUCAAACAAGAAACCUCCACCACGUGAGCUGGUUCCUCCAGCGUACCGUGGGUGGAAAGAAGUUGGUGGAUUUGACCACACUGAGAAAUUGACUGCCGAGGAUGAGGCAACUGACUUGUUGUCGAAAGGCUCAAUUUUUGAUCAAUUUUUGCCCGCUGUUGCUGUUGGUGACUGGUAUCACAAUGUAGCUUACAUGAUAUUGGCUGGAUUGUUGUCGUGGAUCGUUGGAUGGUUCCGCUUCUCGCUUGCUCCAGUGUUCUUUAUUAUGCUCGUAUUUGGUAUUCUUUACAGAUCCUCUGUAAGGAAGUACAGAGAGAUGUUGCGUGAGUUGGCCCAAAGAGAGUUUUCUGUCAAGUCUAUUGAGAACGACUACGAGACCAUGGACUGGCUCAAUGUCUUUUUAGAGAAGUUCUGGCGCUUCUUGGAACCUUCUGUUGCUCAGAUCGUGACGGACCAGGUGAACCCCAUUUUGGCUGCUUCCCCUGCGCCAGCUUUCAUCAAAGCCUUGUGGCUUGACACUUUCACGGCAGGUACAAAACCUCCUAGAAUUGUCAAGGUCAAAACUUUGGAUGGUACUGCCGACGAUGUGGUGGUGAUGGACUGGGCCGUUUCUUUCACUCCUAAUGCGUUGACUGACUCCAACAAUAAGCAGCAGAAGAGCAACGUCAACGAGAAGGUUGUUACAGUGGCCAAGCUUUUUGGCAUUGAGAUCCCUGUGGCUGUCUCUGAUGUCUCCUUCCUGUGCUUGCUUAGAGUUAGGUUGAAGAUGAUGACCUCUUUCCCUCACAUUGAGACCAUCAGUGCCUCUUUGAUGGAGCCUCCUCAAAUUGAUUUCAACUCUAGACUUUUGGGAAACACCUCGUUUAACUGGGAGGUGUUGGCCAUUCCUGGCUUAUACCCGUUUAUUAACGAGAUGAUCAAGAAGUACGCGGGCCCAAUCUUGUUUGCUCCACUUUCCUUCCAGUUGAACGUGCAGCAAUUGAUGGCUGGUGCGCCUUUGAACUCUGCUGUGGGUCUCUUGGUGAUCGAUGUCAAGAAGGCUCGUGGCUUGAGAAAUUAUGGUGGUAUUGGUAACACCAUCGAUCCAUACGUUACUUUUGGCUACUCCAAAGAAGUGCUCGAAAAAACCUCUCACAAAGACAGCACCAAGCUGCCUGUUUGGAAUGAACGUGUGUAUGUUCUUGUGAACACCUUCGCCGAACCUUUGAAUAUCACGGUGAUGGAUAAGAACAAGCACAGACAUGACAACCAGAUUGGUUCGAUUCAGUAUGACUUGGAAUCGUUCAGAGAGAAGGAGAAACAAGAACUUAAUGCACCUAUCAUUCGUAACAACAAAGAAGUCGGCGAGUUACAGUUGACCAUGUAUUACAUGCCAACUUUGGUUGCUCAAAGACAAGCUGACGGCGCUGUCAUCCCUCCACCAGAGCUCAACACUGGUAUUGCUAGAAUUGAAAUUGCAGGCGCUAGACACAUGAAGUCAGACAGUGACACUCCUUUGACUACCUAUGCUGAAGUGUGGAUAGGCGGUGAGCGAAUCAUCAAGACUCCCGUGCAAAAGAAGACCAACAGUCCCACAUGGAACGGUGCAAAGGAGAUGAUCAUCUUCAACCGUGCAAAGACCAGAGCCAAAGUCUUGAUCAAGAACGAGAAGGACAAGGUAGUUAAUGCUUUUAUCACCAGGCUCAACGAUUUGAUCGAUGCAGGCCAGGUUGGAGAUCCUUGGUUCCAGUUGCCAAAUGGAGGUGAGAUUCAAAUCAAUUCGUUCUGGAAGCCUGUGAUGCUAGAGGAUGCAAAGGGUACCGCUGGUUAUACCCCUCCUAUUGGUGUUCUUAGAGUUAGCGUUCAAAGUGCUGAAGAUUUGCGCAAUUUGGAGACUGUUGGUAAAGUCGACCCUUACACGCGUAUCUUGGUCAAUGGUAACGAGAGAGCGAGGACAUCUUAUUUUGAUUCUACUUUAAACCCAACAUGGAACGAGAUUCACUAUGUCACCAUUUCUUCUCCAAAUCAAAAAUUGACGCUCGAAGUCAUGGAUGUCGAGAGAAGUGGACCUGAUAGAACCUUAGGCUCGUUUGAUGUCAAAUUACAACCUUUGAUUCAAAAAGAUAACACGGGCAAGUAUAUUGAGACUGUCGAUCCAACAAAGAGAACUUCCAAGUUAAUCCACAAGAAGGGCCCUAAGGGAACUGUCACGUAUUCUUUGUCUUUCUACCCAGUGUUACCUGUCAUGACAAUGGAAGAUAUCAGAGACGAAGAGGAGGAAGAAAGGAAGGAGAAGGAAAUUAAAGAGAAGAAGGAGAGGAUCCAGAAGGACAAGAGUGAAAAGGAAGCCGAAGAGUUUAUGGAGAAGGAGCGCAAAGCUCGCGAAGAAGAGCUUGAAGAGAGAAAACAAUUGACAUCAGGCAAAUUGAGGUUGGGAUUCGAUGAGUUGGCUGAGUAUAAAAGCGGUGUUUUCAUCUUCGAGAUCUCCGAGAUUACCACUUCAAAAGAAGGUUUGUACCUUCAAGCUUUCUUUGAUAACCACGGUCUUCAUGAUUUCGUCACUCCUAAAUUGAAGCAGACCAAGGUGCAGCUGAUUACUACUGGUGACUUCGUCGUGAAGGAGUUAGACAAGUCGGAGGUCACAUUCAGACUUCAGAAAAAGAAAGAUAUGAACAGACUCGAGAAAGCAGCAUCUGAGGUCCAAAUUCCAGUGUUGGAUUUAUUGAGGGAUUCUUUCAACAAGGUCACUACUGUUACCUUAUCAGGGUCCGUCUCUGCGACCAUAAAGUUGCAAAGCUCUUGGGUGCCGGUCAUCUACUCCAGCCAGAUCCCCCCACAAGAUUCCAGUGAUAACUGUGGUGUCUUGACGCUCACCACGCUCAGUGCAGAAAACAUCCCUGCUGGUGACAGAAAUGGUAAGUCUGACCCAUACGUGAAAUUGUACUUGGACACCGAUCGUGAGCAUUUCUUCAAGAGUAAGAAGGUGAAGAAGACUUUGAGCCCUACCUGGAAUGAGGUAACUGAGGUUGAACUCAUCAACAAGUACGAUUCUGUCAUCAAGGUUGUGGUGUAUGAUUGGGAUGUAGGUCCAGAGCAAGACGAUCUCUUGUGUGUUGGAUACAUCAAUCUCUGCGAGAUGAAUCCUGAGGGAGAGACUGAGUUCACCGUGCCUUUGUAUGACGAGGACGAUCACGAUGCUGGUACUGCCUACUUCAAGGCUAGUUUCGAACCAAAGUUCAUUCUUCGUUGCAAGGCUGACUCUGGAGGUCACAUCGAUGCCCUUGGAUCCGGUGUUGGUGCGGUGGGCCAUUUGGGCAAGGGUGUCGGCAAGGGUGUUGGCAAAGGUGUCGGCAAAGGUCUCGGUACAGUCGGCAAGGGCAUCCGUAAGGGUUUGCACUUUGGUAAGAAUUCCGAAGAGUGA